GGAGGCGACACAUAAAAUUAUGGCUGAACUGACUUGUGGCUUUAAAUGGAUACUGUGCGUGUUUUAAAUCAAAAACAGCACAGAGUCAGUGUUCUGUAUUAUUAAAGAUCCUAAAACUUCCUCUCCCAAUAAACCAGAUUUAAUUCAUUUCUAAGGAAUGUGAAUGAUCUAUGAUCUCGAGCGUCUCACCAUUUCGACAGGCGCAGAUUAAACGCAAACUUAAGCCAAAAAGUGAUUCACCUGAGAAACAUAAAAAGAGGCAGAGAGAAUUAAAAGCAGAGACCUACAGUAAGCUCAGUGGGCACCCCCCUCCCCUCCAGGGAUUUUGUGGUUUGUGAAAAGAUAGAUCUGAAGUGUAAGGGUCACAUGACAAAAAAAAAGCUUUAUGAAUCACAAUAUAAUUAAAUCUCAGGGAGACAGUGGGUGCAUGGAUUUGGGGAGGGAAAGACUGAUUUGAAAAGGUGGCGACUAGCAGAGGAGGAGGAGUGGAGUGCAGGAGGGGGGAAUGAAGGAGAGAGUCAGAGGCUCACUACUCCUCUGUCUGUGCUGUUGAAGGGACGUCUUUUCCGACCUUUCAUUGGCUUGCGCUGCUCAGCAGACUUGUGUCCUCCUCAUCUGUCCAUCGGCACCUUCAGUGCAGCCUCUCAAAACCACCUGGAUACACCUUCAAAAGAGGCCUUCCAGCCUUUUGGAAUCAAAAAAGUUCAACAUUGAGGACGCAAAUUUGAACUUUGAGGAUUUCCAGGCAUCACUGGACCCUAAGUGCCUGCCACGGACCCCUGGGCGCUCCGUUGCUAUGGCUGCCAAUAGGGAACAGCAGGUGGGUCACAUGACCAGCUUCCCACCUGCUGUCUACCCCUUUCCCUUCAACUCCAUGAGAAGCCACUCCCCCUUUGACCUGCUGGCCAACACCAGCCUGUUUGGGAGAUUUGGGGCUGACCUGCCCAAAGAGAUGGCAGCUCUCUCGGUGGAGACCCAGAGUACCAGCUCAGAGGAGAUGGUACCCAGCUCUCCGUCUCCACCUCCUCCACCUCGUGUCUACAAGCCCUGCUUUGUGUGCCAGGACAAGUCCUCAGGGUACCACUAUGGGGUUAGCUCCUGCGAGGGCUGCAAGGGUUUCUUCCGUCGCAGUAUCCAGAAAAACAUGGUGUACACUUGCCACAGAGACAAGAACUGUCAGAUUAACAAAGUCACACGCAACCGCUGUCAGUACUGCAGGCUGCAGAAGUGCUUCGAGGUCGGCAUGUCUAAGGAAGCAGUACGCAACGAUAGAAACAAAAAGAAGAAGGAUGUCAAGGAGGAGAUGGUGCUUCCUGAGAGCUAUGAGCUCAGCGGAGAGCUCGAGGAGUUGGUCAACAAAGUCAGCAAAGCUCACCAGGAAACCUUCCCAUCGCUUUGCCAACUUGGAAAAUACACAACUAACUCCAGCUCAGACCACCGUGUUCAGCUGGAUCUGGGACUUUGGGACAAGUUCAGCGAGCUCUCCACCAAAUGCAUCAUUAAGAUUGUGGAAUUUGCCAAGCGGCUCCCAGGUUUCACCACCCUCACCAUCGCUGACCAAAUCACUCUACUGAAGUCAGCCUGCCUGGACAUACUGAUGUUAAGAAUUUGCACACGCUACACCCCAGAACAGGACACCAUGACCUUUUCUGAUGGCCUGACCCUGAACAGAACUCAGAUGCACAAUGCAGGCUUUGGACCGCUUACAGACCUGGUGUUUGCCUUCGCCGGCCAGCUUCUCCCCCUGGAGAUGGAUGACACAGAGACGGGUCUCCUCAGUGCCAUCUGUCUAAUCUGUGGAGACCGUAUGGACCUGGAAGAGCCAGAGAAGGUGGAUAAGCUACAAGAGCCUCUACUUGAAGCUCUUAAGAUCUACGCCCGGCGGCGCCGCCCCAACAAACCCCACAUGUUCCCCCGCAUGCUGAUGAAGAUCACAGACCUCAGAGGCAUCAGUACUAAAGGUGCGGAGAGAGCCAUCACCCUGAAGAUGGAGAUCCCAGGGCCAAUGCCUCCUUUGAUAAGAGAGAUGCUUGAGAACCCAGAGGCCUUCGAGGACCAAACAGAGUACAACGGGAGCCAGACGCCCCCUCCGCCACCGGAACCCCCAGCGGCACCAAAGCUGGUCGUGAAGCAGGAGGCCGAGGACGAAGAUGACAGCUGGGGCACGGAGAAUUUCAGCGAGCCCUCUCCGGAAGAGGAGGAUGAAGACGACGACGACGACGUGGGAGAUGAAGACAGGGACAGGGGCUCGGACAGUGACGGGGAGCCCUGGGGGGUUCUGGAUAACUUGGAUGGGUCGAGGAAAGGCUUUGUCGGCAGAGCGCAGUGAACAGAGCAUUUCAUGCACAUACUCAUGAACAGGUUCUGCUCACAUACAGACAUGCAGUCAUACAACAGACUUCACCCCACCCCAACUUUAAAACAAAAAUACUGGCCUUCACUUCCUCUCUCUGUUCUCCUUACUGCACAUCACUGUGUUCUCCUCAGCAGAGAGCAGCACAGCCUUAAAUGUACAGACACCUUUAACUCAGGCCACAUGCUCCAGGACUAGUGACGUGCAGAAGCAUGAAGUCAAGGAGAACUCCUGGCAUAGCCGUGACAUGAAAAUUACAUAACGUCUCCGCUGGUGGUGUUUCUUUUUAAUAAAGUAGGGGAACUGUCCAAACAGACACCAGAACUGAGCAGUUGAGUCCAGUCCAGACCCUACAGUCAUCACAUUACAACAAAAACACA